AUGGCAUCUGAUGGUCCAACGGCUUUUUCAGAGAACUCACCAGCGCAUCAAAAUGAACCUGGAAUGGGAUUCAUGAACUACGACUUCCCUCAACCAAGCCCAGAGGGUGGACAGGAUCUGACGGGACCCAACCAUUUUGACGAGCAGGCGUGGGCUCUGGCCCAUUUCGCAGGACUGGAUGCGAUGGACCUGCCGGGAAACCGAAGGACGUGA